AUGGCUCGCCACAGUAAAAACGCAACAUCUGCUCCUUUUUAUUCUUACCACGAGCGCAAGAAGAUCCGCGCUCUGGGAGUUGGGACACUAAAAGGAAGGCUCGACACUCGUGCAUGCAGGCGGUUUGAAAGCUGUUGGCUUUGCCUAAGCCCGGCCCGAAAUCCUCUGGCGACCCCUCAGGGCCUAAUCUUCUGCAAGGAAUGCCUUUUCCUUAACUUUGAGUCUCAAAAGAAAAAAAUCCAGAAGGAGACGAAGGCUUGGGAGGCUCUUCAGGCACAAAAGGAACAGGCAAGCCUCAAGCCACUAAUUCUACAAUGUAGUUCUUCAGCUUCCGGCGCUAAUCAGAAUACUAGAGCUUGCAAUGAGGCGGCAGCUGCAGCAGAGGCAAAUGCUACAGCGGCGCAACGCGCGUUCCUAGAGGCAGAGGCCUCUCUCACCUUGGAAACAUCUGCUGCGCCUGCCCAGACAAAAAAUAGUCCUCAGAGUGCAGAAGAAUUCAGACAAACUCUUGAGCAGCCUACCAUCAACUCCAAGGAAGAGGCAAGGGCGAAGAACUUCUGGGUGCCAGAGAACACACCAGAGGAGCCUGAGGCGAAGCCCAAGGAGCCCCAGAAAGGGUUUUGCUGCCCCAUUACGGGGGCCCCACUACGCAUCAAGCAGCUUAUCACUGUUAAGCCAGUUCUUGCUUCCAAAGAAGACACCGAAAACACGCGAUGGCUCUGCGCUCUAAGCGGCCGUGAAAUUUCGCACCAGAAAGCGGCGGUUGUAAAGUCGACAGGCCAAGUUAUCCUCCUUGAGUAUCUGGAGAAGCUUGUCUUUGGAAAGAAAGGAGCACUCACCUCGGGAGUUAUUGAUAGAAAAGACACGGUGGCUCUUAUUCCUGGGGGCACAGGCUUUAGUGCGCACAAUAAUGUGGAGGUCGCAGUGGCGAGGCCUAACGUCCAGUAG